AUGAGCUCUAUAGAACAAAUGACACACCUCAUCGAUGGGUUCAAAACACAAUCAAGAAUGCUUCUCGAUGCCUCAGUUGAAGGUACAUUGAGAUUAAAGGUCGAUGAAGAGUUAAAAACAAUGAUUGAGAAUAUAUGUCAAAACGAAUAUUAUUCAAGGGAGCAUGCAAUGAAACAAAAAGGUAUUCAUGCAGUUAAUUCGACCAUAACUUUGUCCUCUCAGAUAGAAGCACUUAAUAAACAGUUUGUCGCAUCCCAACUAGCACAAUAUAAUGUGAGUCAUAUUCAGAUACUUCGUCGUGACUGUUGUGGAGGAGAACAUGCCAAUGGUAGUUGUACUAUAGAGGUUGAGAGUGCAGAAGUUCAGUAUGUUAAUUUUCAAAAGAAUAAUUCUUAUUCCAACACCUACAAUACGGGUUAG